CUUUGGGGACAGGUUUACAGUCUAAACACCCUCCAUACACCAACAGUGGAAAGGCUACAUGGAAUGACACCCAAGGAAGCGUCCCACCAAUUCCAUUGUCACAGUUGCCCUCAGAAUGUGGCCAUAGGUUCUUGAGAACUUGGAGAGACUUCGUUUUAAUUAUACCAUAUGAUGGAUGUUACGUAAUGCAUGAGAAAGACAUUUUUGUUCUUCCCUUACUUUGGUGGGGAUUGCAUGUCAAAAUGUCUUGCUCCUCACUGAUCUCGGCAAAAAGUGAGCCAACGGUCUCCUGCUACACUAAUGGCAUGAUUGUGAGGCUGCAUGGCAAAGUCUCUGAGAACAUGAAGAUCAAAGUAAUGAAUGAAUGGCAGCCUCUUCUGAAAGGGUCAGCUAGAUGUGGAUACAGCUUGGUGUCACAUUCAAAAGGUGUGGUCAUCAAUGCACCAUUUAUGCCAUGCACCGAGCCAAAGGAUGGCAUGUUCACUCUCAGCAUGGCAGUGGAGAGAGAGUUUAAUCUGUCCUGCCCAGAACUGUCACUUAGUCUUCCUAUAGAUACAACUAAUUUUGUACAUGAAAAUGAACGUAUUUCUAUACCUCAUGCUUUUACUUCAGCACUCCCUCCUGUUACAACUACUAAAACCACUCCCACUCCUCUCCUCCCUUAUUACAUUCAUGGCCAGCCAGAUUUUAAACCUGUUCUUCCCAGAUACCCUUUUCUCAUUUUUCCUCCAAAUAUACCACCAAUGAUUCUUCCUCAAGGUCCCAAAAUUGUGGGUCCCCCAACUGCUAUUAGCCAUAGGCCACAAGCACCUGUUGACACAAAACAUCCUCAGGUCCCCUACUGGACUCAUCACUCCCAAAUGAGACCCUCUGAACCACAUGCUCUACCAAAACCAGAGCCUGAACCACUUACACCUGCCCCUAAAAUAUACCGUAUAUUCAGAAAGGUCUGA